UUGAAACCAUGUAGCGGCGCCCGAACCAAAAUGAAAAUCUACUGGGUUUGUCUCGGAACCGGUUCCACUUCGGUCUAAAAGAGCGAACACACAGCGAGUGAUGAGAUACAAUGAUCUGACAGGUUCUUCUUAAAGCUGAAGAGUUUCUAUAGUGCAGGGCGGUUGAUUUACGACGCAGACGAAGUACUGAAGUGUCAUGAUGAAUAACGACAAGAACGAGGAGUUGAACGUGACUGGGGAGGAGCUGCAGCGCUGGGUUCGGACACAGGUGGAUAAGGACGAGCGGCUGGUGCGGAGGCAGGCGCAGCUGGCGCAGGUGGAGGAGUGGGUGAAGCAGAAAGAAAUGGAGGCCACCUACAACCGAAUGCUGUACAGCAAUGCCUGCGAGUCGGUCCUUGAGUGCGAGUCUGUAAUGAAAGGCCUUUAUGGAAUGCUGGGAUUGGAGUAUCAUGACACGGACUCGGAGGAAGAAGAGGGAGCCAAAUCCACAGAAAAUGUCAUUCAUGUUCAGGAUGAACCUGGAAGUCGAGAGGAGGAGAACAACGACGACGACGAUCCAGCUGAUAUGGGGGAGGACGAUACAGCUGAUGUGGACGAUGACUAUGUCGUUAUUGAUUUGGGUGCUGCUGCUAAUGAAACAGCAAGAGAUGAGCGAGAGCUCUGUCAGGAGAAGUCACCUGCUGGCAUGCAGUCUCCUGGAUCUUCUGAGAAGACGUUAGUUCGGGCAGCCAAAAGGCCUGCGUUCGUUAACCCUCAGGCUAAAACGAAGUCUAUCACACCCUCCAGAUCUCACCAGAGUCUUGCUAAACCGACUGUACCGACUGUACCCACUACUAAUCCAGCACACAAAGAUUCUUCCCCUCUUUCUGAUGGAUCAUCUAUAGCCUCCCCUGUAGUAGCCACAGAUUCAACCACUCACUUUGCACCCACGUGCAGUACAGAGGGUUCUGUUUCACAGUCAGGGUCGUUCACCCAAACGUCCAGACUCUCAGGGAAUUCUGGUACUGGAUCAUCAGAAACUGACUUACCCGACCAAAGACCCGUCUCUAGCCACACAAGCUCCACUACACAUGUUAAAAACAAAACUGAAGGUAUUAAAAAGUUGAAGCAUAGUGGUUCCAAACCCAGCAAAAAAUCUUUAAGCUCUCCCAGAUCCAAACCCAACGAGCCUUCAAGCUCUGCCAAUUCCAAACCCACUGACAGGCGUUCUAGAUCUGCCGAUCCCAAACCCACUGACAGGCGUUCUAGAUCUGCUGAUCCCAAACCCGUUGACAAGUCUUCAGACUUGGCCAGUCUCAAGCCAGGCAUUAAUCCUUCAAGCCCUGCAGGUCCCAAACCCAGCUCUGCCAAUCUCAAGCCCAGCAAUGAACCCCCAAGCUCUGCUAAUCCCAAACCCAGAAAUGAACCCCCAAGCUCUGCCAGUCCCAAACCCAGAAAUGAACUCGUAGACUCUGCCAGUCCCGAACCCAGCAACGACCAUUCAGGAUCUGACAUUCCUGAACCCAGCAAUGAACAUUCAGGCUCUGUUAAUCCCAAACCUAGCAAGGAUCCUUUAGUCUCUUCCAGUACCAAAUCCAGUAAUACACCUGCAGUCUAUAGCAUUUUUGAAACCAAGAAAAAAAAGACUAAAUCUGUCAGUCCCACACCUAGCAAAAAAACGUCAAGCUCUUUUAGUCCUACGCCCAGCAACAAGCCAUUAAAGUCUGCCAGCCCCAAAACGGGCAAAAACACUGUACAGUCUACCAUUCCCAAAUCGACCCAUGAACCAUCAAACACGACCAGUCCAAAACUUACCAAGAAAUCUUUGCGCUCGGCCAGUCCCAAAGCCAGCAUCAAGCCAUCAGGGCCAUCAAGCUCUUCCAGCAAUCUUCCAGUACCCAGCAAUGAACCGUCAAGCACUCCAAGUCCUGAACCCAGCAAUGGACCAUCCAAUUCUACAACAAGCAGUGCCUCCACAUCCUCCAGCACCACUGUUAAAACUAAACCCACAGAGAAAUCUGAUGAUCCUAACCAAGGCAACACUGAAGCAAGCGCCAGUCAGACGCCUAAUAUUAAAACACAGACCUCCAGUCCUGUAACCAGCACUCAGCCUGGUACCUCCACCACAGUUAAUUCAGCCUCUGAUAGUCUUUCAAAUAAUAAAGAAGGUUCUGAGACGUCAUCCGUCCCAGCAGCUGUACCUGCCAGCGUUCAGCAGGAGAUAGAGCUGAAGGUCAAUAUGAGCAUUCUUGGAAAGCGGAGGACUAAAACAUGGCAUCAAGGCACAAUUUUAGACAUUAAAACAACCGAGACUGGUCCUAGGUAUAAGGUCCUGUUUGAAGGGAAUAAAGGCAAGAGUGUGUUAUCUGCUCAUCACCUGGCAUGCGUAGGGCCUCCUUUGCUAAAGGAUCUGUCCGUGGGAUGUCGAGUUGUGGCAAGCUACAAAGAGCUGGACCAGUCAUGGUUCCUUGCCGCUAUAGUGGCCGAGAUGCCGGAUCGUAAAAACCGGAUGAGGUUCUUGGUGUUUUUUGAUGAUGGUCAUUCAGCCUAUAUUGCCCUACCAGAUCUGCAUCUGGUCUGUAAGCCAGUGACUAACGUAUGUGACGACAUAGACGACAAGGAGUGGCAUGACGAGAUGAAGGAAUAUCUGCAAUCGUAUCCAAACCCUAUUUUUGUAGUGAUGCGAGUGGGGCAAGAAAGCAAGGCUCUGCGUGACGGCAAAAUGGAACCCUGCGUCAUCACUCAGGUCGAUUCCAGCUUGAUCGAAGUCAAAUACAAGAAGGAUCAGGAAAAGGAGUGGUUGUAUAAGGGCUCCAAUCGACUCGAGCAGAUCCAAAGGAUCAAGAUGCGAAUGGCUGAGCAGAAAAAAGAACAAUCCAUCAGCAAAGCUGGAUGGAUGCCAAAUCAGAAGAGCAGUAAGCCAGCCACCACCACCACCACCACCACCUCCACCACAGCUGCGACCACCUCAACAACAGUUACCACAGAUACUACGGCCUCAAAACCUUCUGCUUCUCAAAGUGAUUCAUCAGUAUCAUCAUCGUCGUCAUCAUCAACAACAUCAUCAACAUCAACGUCAACAACAUCAUCAUCAUCAUCAACUGCAAAUAAGUCAGUAUUGCAGCCCAAGAUCAUCCUAAACAGAAUUAAGUUGCCUGCACCCGAACCGGCCACUGAUAAGCAACCUGAACCCACCGUACAAACAGAGCCCACAGUAACACCUUUAUCUUCACCAGGCAUUAUGUACCCCAGCCCUGAGGAGAAAGACAACACAUCCCAUAAUAGUGUUUUCCCUCUCCAUAUGCCUCGGCUAAAGUAUGUACCACAUCGAUGCUGCCCGGCAUGUCUGUAUCAGGUCAGGCCAGUCCAAAGGAAUCAGCACCAUGGCCAGAAUCCCCUACUCAUCCCUCUGCUCUAUGGUUUUCGCCGAAUGACUGCCAGAAAACGUCUGGAUGGAAAGGUGUCUUUUCACGUCUUCUACCGUUCUCCGUGUGGUCGGAGCAUGUGCGAGAUGGAGGAGGUGCAGGAUUUCCUGUUCGAGUCGCGCUGUGACUUCCUGUUCCUGGACAUGUUCUGCCUGGACCCUUUCGUGCUGGUCAAACGGGCCAUAAUCCCUUCCUCCAUGACCAGCCAGCCCCAACUGUACCUGCCAGACAUUUCAGAAGGAAAGGAAACGAUACCUGUACCCUGUGUUAAUGAGGUGGACUCUACCCGUCCCGACCCUCUGACCUACAUCACACGCAGACAGCCUGCGCCGGGAAUCUUCGUCAACACAAACCUUGACUUCAUGGUGGGGUGUGACUGUACCGAUGGCUGUCGUGAUAGGUCGAAGUGCGCCUGUCACCAGUUAACCAUAGAUGCUACGUCGUUGUUCACCGGUGGCCCUGUGGACGUAACUGCUGGAUACACGCACAAGCGACUGCCCAGAUACGUACCUACUGGGGUGUAUGAAUGCAACCCUCUGUGCCGCUGUGACCCGUUGCUGUGCGGCAACAGGCUGGUGCAGCACGGCCUUCAACUGCGCUUUGAGGUCUUCAUGACUCAGCACAAAGGCUGGGGCAUCCGCUGCCUGGACGACAUCUCCAAGGGAACGUUCGUGUGCACUUUUACUGGCAAGAUAGUCACUGAUGAGAUGAUUAGUGCAAAAGUAGCAACAUCUGGCAACGAGUAUCUGGCCAACCUGGACUACAUCGAGGGAGUGGAGAAACUGAAAGAAGGUUACGAGAGUGAAGCUUAUUGCUCUGAAAUAGACGAAGAGAGCGAGAAGAAGACUUGCGUAACAAUGACAACAGGGGCAUUAAAGAAACAUGGCAUGUUCCAGUUGGACGCUAGCUCCAGCAGUGGUGAAGAAAAGGAAGAGCCAAACCAAAAGACGCGUGAAGAAAAUAAGAACAGUGGUAAAAGGAAGAGAAAAUUUGGGGACGAAGAUGAAGAUUCUGAAGAUUCUUCGAUGGACUUAGAUGACGAGGAUUAUAAGAUAAGCUCAGAUGAUGCUAAGGCAUGGUUGUCAAACAGUGACUGCAGAAAAAGCUACACCACACGGAGGAAUGCUAAGGUCCUUGACGUUGAUGACAAGUUGCUGAACGAUGUCCAGAAACCUUCUAAAAUUUCAGAGGAACAAACAGAGGUUACUGCCUCUGUCGCCAAACAGAUGAGGAAAGAAGGACCGGGCGACUCUAUGAUGGGUUUUGCCAAAAAGUCCACACGUGCUUUUGCCAUCAAAUCUAGCCACAGGAGGGUGAAGCCACUAGUAGUGACCACGGAACCAGUUCCGACAACAAAGACGGUGCAAAGUAGGAAGUGUACACGGAGCCUGUUCGAUGGAGAGAAGGGCUGCUAUCUUGUUGAUGCUAAGCAGGAGGGCAACCUGGCACGAUACAUAAAUCAUAGCUGCAGUCCCAACAUGUUUGUCCAGAAUGUGUUUGUGGACACACAUGACAUGCGCUUUCCCUGGGUUUCAUUCUUCACCAACAAGCGUAUCCGGGCUGGGACGGAGCUGACGUGGGACUACGGCUACGAAGUGGGCAGCGUUGAGGGAAAGGUGUUGCUGUGCUGCUGCGGCUCAGCCAAAUGCACAGGAAGGUUACUCUAAGUGCCUCCCUCUUAAAUAAACAAAACCUCCAGCCUCAUGAAUGGACCUCUGUUUCUAGAAUACUUUAGACUGUGUUGUGAAGACAUUCAGGUUCCUCAUGGAUUGUUUACUGGGUACUGAAAUUUGUACUCAGCAUGCUUAUGUAGAAAAGUGGAAUUUUAAUGUUCUUUUAGCCUCGUUAUUUGUAGGAUGUAUCAUUUAAUUAAACAGAAUGUUGUGUGUUUUAAUAAAAAAAAACUAAACAAUAAACGAAAUGUUCAUAUGAA